ACAGCUGUACGUCAAACACGAGAGAGUAUCGUAGAGACGAGUUUCACAAGAGAAGAACUCACUAUCACUGUGGAUUACUUUUAUUAUCAAACAGCAACACGUUCGCUGGGAUUAUAUUAUUUGGAGGAGUUUUGGUUUCUGAAUUCAACUGCAGUUCGAGGACAACAUGACUCUGGAAGAAGUCUUUGGAUGCAGUAGCGCAGACAGAAAAAUGGAGACAGUGAGUGAAGCUCUGGAGGAGCUGCUAGUGGCUGCACAGCAGCAGAACUGUCUGACUGUGGGGGUCUACGAGUCUGCGCAACUCAUGAACGCAGAUCCAGACAGCGUAGUCUUGUGCGUCCUGGCGACCGACGAGGAGGACGAGAAUGACGUCGCGCUUCAGAUUCACUUCACGCUCAUCCAAGCCUUCUGCUGCGACAUUGACAUCAACAUAGUUCGCGUCUCCGGCAUGGGGCGAUUGGCACAAGUUCUCGGCGAACCUCUCUCCACAGACACCAACGCCAACGAACCGAGAGACCUUCACUGCAUACUUGUAACUAACCCUCAAGCCGAGCAUCUGAAGCUGAGCGAGGUCGGGAGCUACUGCAAAGAGAGCCGCUGCAGGAACCAGUGGGUGCCCUCCAUCGCCCUGCAGGAGCGCUAAGAGGAAAGUUUGAAAGGAAAGUUAACGUCGUCCUUCAACAGUCACGAGGACAUACUCGUCAAUACACGAGGGAAGUUUCCGAAGCUCCCACCUCCGUGUUUAUGGGAUUUGGGCGUCAGAGGACACUGGAGACAUUCUUCUGCGUUCCUCCUGCAUCAUGAACGGUGUUAUUGGCCUUCGGAGCGAAGGCGCACCUGGGUGGUCGUGUCGCGUAUCUAAACGGGACGCGUCAAGGAUGCUAUAGUGGAUAUUUACAGACUGACGCGGCGCUUGGCCGCUCUUUGCCCCCGCUGGGGGUGGGGGGGGGGUUGUUGAACACAUGACUCAGACCUGACUGUCGUAGGUCUGCAGGAGAGAAAGACUUGUGUUUUCAAAAAGACACUGCUAUUUAAUGACUGAAUCUUGGUGGUUUUAUUUAUGCAUAAUAUUGGUGCCAUUUUAAACAAGUAAUAUAUUUGGUUAUUUAUGACUUUCCAAAUGGUUUUCUCAUGAAAUAAAUGUUAUGCUUUAUAUUUAACAAGUA